UUGUUUAUUAGUGAGUUUUAAACAUAGACAGUAUAAGAACGGUUUUAAGAAGACAGAGCUCCAGGAGCCCUCAGCAGACGUCAAGCUGGCGACCGGAGCAGGAAAGAAGGGCAAGAAGGCCAAGGAGGAGGAGAAGCCUGCAGCACCUCCUGCAGCAGCAGUCACCGCCGCAGCAAUGGAGGAGGAAGGGGAGGAGUAUGUGGUGGAGAAGGUGUUGGACUGCAGAGUGGUGAAGGGAAGAGUAGAGUUUCUGCUGAAAUGGAAGGGGUUCUCAGAUGAGGAUAACACAUGGGAGCCACAAGACAACCUGGACUGCCCCGUCCUUAUCACCGAGUACAUGCAGAAACACGAGGAGGAGGAGGAGGAGGAGGAGGAGGAGAAGAAGGAGGGCAAGAGGAAAGUUGUGAGUGAGGCCUCUGGAGACUCAGAGGAGCGACGGAGCAAGAGGAAGAAGGAGGAGGUGAGUGAAGGAAAGAGGUUACUCCAGACUGAAGAGUCCCAGAAAUCUAAUGCGGGCCCCUGCCUGAGUGGCUGUACACUGUCAGAGAGAAGCUGUGAAGCUCUGUCCUCAGUUCUCAGCUCCCAGUCCUCUAGUCUGAGAGAGCUGGACCUGAGUAAUAACGACCUACAGGAUUCAGGAGUGGAGCAUCUGUCCUUUGGAUUGAAGAGUCCACAUUGCAGACUGGAAACUCUCAGGCUGAGUGGCUGUACAUUGACAGAGAAAAGAUGUGAAGCUCUGGCCUCAGUUCUCAGCUCCCAGUCCUCUAGUCUGAGAGAGCUGGACCUGAGUAAUAACGUACUGCAGGAUUCAGGAGUGAAGCUGGUAUCUCCUGCACUGAAGACUACACACUGCAGACUGAAAACUCUCAGAGAGAAGCUGUAA